CCGUAGCGGCAACGAUAUCGAUGGACGGUUCUUGUUAUAUAAUGGUAGAAGAAACGGCUGAUUCCGAUACGAGUUUUGAGUUUUGCGACGAAUGUAGGUUUUCUUACCAUCAAGACCACGACGAUAACGAUGCAGAAUCGAGCAACUGUAACACAGGUGACAUUUACAAGGAUCUCGAAGCCAAUUGGGACGAUGAUCUUCUAGCGCCGCUACUUGCCAAGGAACAAGAAGCGAUGAUCUUCUCUGACGUUAGAGUAGAUUUCACCGCGGCGGAGGAGGAGGAAGAAGUAGAAUUAGAAGUAGAAGAAGAGGAAGAAGGAAAGAAGUGGUGGAGAUCUUCAAUACAACCACCCAGAAAUUUUGUUCUCGCUAAUGAUUCUUCAUCUUCUUCUUCUUCUUCUCAGGUUAAAGAACAAUCUGUUGGAGAUGAAUCCAGAUCUCAGCCAAGUGGAAGCCAAUUGGAUGUUUCUAUCCAAAUACCACCAAAACCGACUUUAGGAAUUUUGAGAAAUUUGAGUCUGAAAAGGAAAGCUUCUCUACCAAACUAUGAGAGAAGAUUGCUACUAAGCCCCAGUGUUUCAGAAACCAGUGAAAGGCCUCUUGUUGCAAGUCCGAUAACAUCGCCUUACUGGAAGAGAUGUUUGUCACUUCCUUCUACUAAUGCUGCUAAACUGUCUAUGGUUGUAUCUACACCGCCUGUAUCAGCUGUGGUGCAUAGUGAACAGCCUAAGUCUAAUAAAAAUGGUGUUCAUGCAUCAGUUUCAAGAUCCUUGUCCAUGAACAGAGUGAUUGUACGAGCUGUCUCUUUUGACGACAACAAAAAUCACCUUUCUAAUGAAGCAAAUGGCGAUCAAAUCACUCCCGUUCCUGCAGAAGAAACAGAAGAAGAAAUCCCUGAAGAAGAAGCAGUAUGCAGGAUUUGUCUUGAUGUGUGCGAAGAAGGUAACACACUGAAAAUGGAAUGCAGUUGCAAAGGUGACCUCAGACUCGUUCACGAGCAUUGUGCCAUUAAGUGGUUUAGUACAAAGGGAACGCGAAUCUGCGAUGUUUGCAGACAAGAAGUCCGGAACUUACCGGUGAUACUGCUUCGUGUCCCAACAAUUAAUCAACUUACCAAUAGACGGGAACUCACUCAGCAGAGUUCACAGCCACAAACCAUUAGUGUAGGGCAAGAGUUUGUAGUGCUUGUACUCAUCAGCACCGUCUGCUACUUCUUCUUCCUUGAACAUUUACUGAUUCGUGACUUGAAUUCACAGGCAAUAUUUGUCGCAGCGCCAUUUUCAUUCACCCUAGCUCUCUUAGCCUCAACUUUCGCCGUCAUCCUCGCGAUCAGAGAAUACAUAUGGACAUACGCAGCUCUUGAGUUUGCACUAGUGGCAUUGCUUGUUCAUCUGUUAUAUGCUACACUUGGUGUGCCGGUUAUCUAUGCAAUGCUUUUCGCGGGGAUUCUGGGUUUCGGGAUGGCAAUAUGGGGUUCACUUGCUGGAUAGAUAGAUGGGGUUCACUUAAAACUUUGAGACCUGUAGAUAUACAAGUCUUUGUACUUUUGUAUGGAAAGAGAGAAGCUUUUGUGGAAUUACAGUGAGAAUGUGUGAUUUGUGAAGGUACAUCAAGUGAAAGAGCUGUUGUGAAUGAGUUUCUAGGUUCAAGAAUCUUUUGAAAGUUUAAACUUGUCGACUCGUGAGAACUGAGAA